AUGAAUCCUCAAUACAGCGCAGCUCCCCAACCAAUGAAUCCUCAAUACAGCGCAACUCCCCAACCAUUGAACAACGGCAACUACCCCACGGCAACGGCCAGUAUGAUCCCCGUUACUACUGGCAUGAGUAGUGGUGGGGGUGGUGGCCCAGCACCCAAGAAAUACAUCAAAAUCAACGGUGUUACCAAAUUGAAUCCAGAAUACCGACGAUGGAAAGAAUCACAAGGCGUCCCCGCCACCACGGUCGCGUCUCCCAGUAUCGCUCUCCCCAUUGUCUCGUCCAUGGAAGAUCACGAAAAACUCAAUGCGGCUUCCAUUGCGGCAGGAGGCAAGGAAGUCCCACUCGCCGAAUCGACCAACGCCACUAUUGAAAUGAUGCAAGAACCUGAAAUCUGUAUGGAAGCCGGCAUGAGACCCGACGAAAUGGUGGAUCAACUGGGAGCUGUGCUCAACAAGUACGAAGCACCCAUGGGACUCAUGAACAAAUUAAUGCUCCUUACCGAAUUUGAAGUACUCGAAUUCAUGGUAGACGAUAGCGGAAGCAUGACCAUUGUAUCUGAUACCGUGGCCGCCAAUGGGCGACCUCAAACACGAUGGCAAGAAGCCCAGCGUCGUCUCAAGGAAAUGAUGGAAAUUCUGGGCCAUGUUCCCUUUAAUGAAAUUCAAAUUUGCUUUUUGAACCGCCCCGAACGUCUCUCGCUGCGACGCAAUGGACGCAAUCCACAAACCUUUCUCGCCGAUGCGUAUCGACAAAUCGAUCAAGCAUUUGCACGGGGACCGACUGGGAGCACUCCCUUUUUGGAGCGUCUUCGGGAAUCCUUUCAACGAUUCGGACCCAAUCGCAAUGUGGCACGCUACUUUUUUGGAGACGGACAACCCAAUGGCGGUAACCCGGCCAAAGCUGAGAUUGUACGACUCUUGUUGCAACGGCCCAAUCCGGAGGGCAACCCCAUGACAUUCUUGAGUUGCACUGGCGAUGAUGCCCAAGUGGAAUGGAUGAAGGAUGCCGAAGAAAUUGUUCCGUUUUGUGCCGAGUGCGACGACUUUAAAGAUGAAGCGGCCGAAGUCUACCGAGAUCAGGGCGUGGCGCUGCCCUUUUCGUUUGGCUUUUACUUGAUUUGCACGCUGGUGGCCGCCAUGAACCCCGAUGAUUUGGAUGCCAUGGACGAAUCCGUGCCCUUUACCAAAAUGACAUUGGACAAUCUGUUGGGCAUUGAACACAAUGAAGAAAGUUAUCGUCAUUACUUUCAACACUUUGUGUCGGCGCAACGAGCUCGCAAAGUGGAAUUGGAUGACUUUGGACGCCCCAAAAGGACCGAUCAGCUCAAGAAGAAUGCCAACUGGGAGGCGUGCUAUCAGGACUUUUUGCGGGCUCCACUGGCCAGCCAGAUCCCGGCUGUGCAGCAGUUCAAGAGGCAACUGAUGGAAUAA